GGAAAACAUAACAUGUGUCAGUGACAGGCAGCGCUCAGAAAGCCGUUUGAAGGGACAGACUAGUUCCAGCUGCGCUGAUUAUUAUCAGAGAGCCUUAGAAAAAGCGCUGCAGGAAUGCACUAAUGAGCACUUCUAUUUUUGGAUGCUAUCCAGGAAUUAAACGCCGGAUAUAAUUGUUUAUGGGGGCUGCUGUCACUUCCAAGUUUUCUAUAUUUUCCUCACGUGGAAUAGAUCUUUGUUAAUUUUACUCAAGCGAUAUCCCAUAUAGGCUGACCGCUGCGCUCUCCAUGGUGCUUCACGGCAGAGAGAUGGACCGGAUCGGGACCACCAUGCAGAAGAAGGCUGCAGAACUGGAGCGGCUGGCUGAGGUGCUUGUCACUGGAGAACAGCUGAGGGUAAUGGGCGGAUGGAUUGGGAAUUUGUUUCUACUCCACUGUGCAUUUCUAGUGUGUGAUGAACACCGGGAGUUCAAAGACAUGAAGCUGUUGUAUCGCUUCAGAAAGGACGACGGCACAUUCCCACUGGAUAGUGAAGCAAAGGUCUUCAUGAGGGGGCAAAGGAUAUAUGAAAAGUUGAUGAACACAGAGAACAACUUGAUGCAGACUAGAGAAGAGGAGGGUGUGGCCUUUGAGCGGACCCUGGUUGCUUCAGAGUUCAUUGACUGGCUCCUGCAGGAGGGGGAGGUGCCCACCAGGGAAGAGGCCGAGCAGCUGGGACGGAGGCUGCUCGAACAUGGCAUCAUUCAGCAUGUGACCAACAAGCAUCACUUUGUCAACGGGCCUCUCCUCUACCAGUACCGGAUGAACUUCCGCCGUCGCCGGCGGUUGAUUGAGCUCCUGCAGGAACGUAGCCGCACCAUCGCAGAGAGCCACGACAGCCCCUUCUGCCUCCGUAAACAGCAGUCUGAUGGAGGCAACACCAGCUUCCUCUCAGUGAGUCCCACUAAAGAGAUCAAGGUGGCUGUUGGGAUUCGCCGAAGCAGCAUGAGCAGCAGCUGUGGCAGCAGUGGGUACUACAGCAGCAGUCCGACGCUCAGCAGCAGCCCGCCGGUUCUCUGCAACCCCAAAUCUGUUGUGAAAAGGCACGUGACUCCAGAGGAGCUGCUGACACCAGGAGGGCCUUUUAUUAAGAAGACGUUCACUAUUGUGGGUGAUGCUGUGGGCUGGGGAUUUGUGGUGAGAGGAAGCAGACCCUGUCAUAUCCAGGCGGUGGAUCCUGGUGGACCUGCUGCUGCUGUUGGCAUAAAGGUGUGUCAGUUUGUGGUAUCUGUGAACGGCCUAAACGUCCUCUCCCACGACUACCGGACCGUCAGCAACCUGAUCCUCACCGGCCCUAGGACCAUCGUCAUGGAGGUGAUGGAAGAGGAGCAGGUCUGACGAGUGCUGCCGAAACAAACCUGUAUGAAACUAAAGCAGAGGAAUUAGACGAGAACAUCAAACUUCUCCAAACCAAACGGGGAUAAGUUGCAACAAAGUUCUGCUUGGAUGGGGAUUUUAAUAAACAGUUCAACCUACAGAUACCUAUUAUAUCUUAAGAAGGGAAACUGUAGGAACCCUGUUCACCAAACUCAAAGGUCUGUUCCAGAUAUAAAGUGGGGAGAAAAAAAAAGGAAAAACAAAUGAAGAAACUGAAUUUCUGUUUUUUAUUUCUGGUUCUGACAGAAUUUGAAUGUUACAGGUCUUCAUACAAAGCCUUUCAUCGCAGCGUGGUUAUAAACAAUCAUAAGGGAAACAGAGUAGAAGUUUCAAUGGGAAUAAACUUUUCAAGAAUAUCCUCCAUAACCUUUACCCCUGCUAGAUUUCAGCUGCAGGCAUAUCCUGCUGUUCAACACUGCCCUCUACUGAAAAUUACAGAAAAAGCACAUUCUACCUGCCACCUGUUGGUUUUUGUUUCUAGGGUUUAUUUGUGCAUAUGUUAUUUUUAAAGAAACAUAAUUUUAAAUGAUAUAUUAGUUAAAUGCCUGCUUUUGCUGUGUCAAAAUCUAGAGUAGAGACUGAGGUUCUGCAGAGGCUGGCUUACAUUUCUUUACAUCAGCUUAGAAACAGCUGGUCGUUUUCACAAGUGUUGUUUAUUAGAUCUACUACCCACCAAGUUAACUACUCAAAUUUUAUUCAUAACAUUUAUUUGAUUUGAAUAGCACAGCUCCAUCAGGUUAUUGUUGGUUGCCCCUGAGAGCCUAUGUUUAUAUAUAUGUUUAUUUGGGAUUUAUUAGUACUGUUUGAAUUACCAAAACAAACAUAAACCCCUAUUGUGUUUAUUUACUACACCAAAAAAUCUUAUUUGUCCAAAUUAUUUCUAACAUUUGUCCUUAUAGGCUAAGCUUUCUAUAAAAAAAAAUAAUUCAAUGUAUCCUAAACAUUAUAGUUUGAUCUUUUAUUACUAGUAAAAGUAAUAAAACCUUGAAUGAUUCGAUUAAGAAGUAUAAAUGCAGAUUCAUAACCCUGAGGAGUGUUGGUUAAAUAGUUCAUUACUAAAGUAUUUUUACAUCUGAACCCUGCGUUUUAUACAUUUUAGGGGUUUAAUGUGAUAGACCAUCACAGUAUUGCACAGUUGUAAAGUGAAAAGAAUAUGUGGUUUAAUUUUUUUUUAAAAAGAAAAUGUAAAAAACGUUUUCUUGCAGCACUAUUCAGUCAAAACAUUGUUGGACCUGUGCUACAGUAAGAGCUGCAAGUCCUUUAGCCUGUCUUUCUACCAGCUUUUCUUAUCUGGCAAUGAGAUGUUUGGCCCCAUUUUCAAUUUGUCAGCCAAUCAAGCUCAGACAUAUUUAAUUUGAAACAUCUAUAAACAGCAGCUUCCAAAGACUGCCAACUGGAUUAGAAUCUGGUAAUUCUAGUUUAUUACCAUACCUUAAUCUAAGCCAUACAAUUUUAGCUCGGUCUGUGUUUAGGUUCACCUCGCUGGAAGGUAAACCUCCAGUUCAGUCUUAAGUCUUUUGUAGCUUCUAACAGGUUGUCUUCCUGUGUUGCCCCAUUUUUAACUCAAACCAGCUUUUAAAGAAGUCUAAAAGCUUUCCACCCAUCUGCUGAAGAAAAACACCUCCACACCAUGGUGUUACCGUCGUUUUAUCUUUUUUUCAUAUAUUUAUUUUUCCAUUUAGGUAAAACAGUUGGAUUCCACUUUCAUAUGAUUAUUGCCCUUUCCAAAAUGUUUGUUCUGUCGCUUGUACAUACAGUACAGUCCAGAUUUGUGGGUCCCUGAUUAACAGUUAUCCUGUCAAUAGAUUACCUCACCUCACAUGUGGAUCUCUGCAGCUCCUCCAGAGUUACCACAAACCUGUUUGCUUUCUUAUGAACGGGAGUCUUUGCUGUUCUUUUUAUGCUUUUAUGAGGCGGUUUAUUGCAUAAAAUCUCAAUAAAACAUAAUGAUGUUAUGGGUUUUUACAAAAAAACUUUUAGAAAGUAUUGCAAGAUAAUAAUAAUAAUGGCAUUUGUAUUUACACCAUAUGUUCACCUGUUGAAGAUGAUUGUAAUGUGAUUUAGGAUUGCACCAGAACUAAAGAGACUUUAUCUUACCAAUAUGCUUCCCGUUCAACUUUAGAACACUACUUCUAAAUAUUUCUUCAAUCUUUAUCUAGUUAAGAAAUACCCAGAAGUUUUCCUAGGUUACUUGAAAGGACUUUAACAGGGAAGCCUCUUUGGGCUGUAGUGGCAUCAGGAUCCUUUCAGCCUCCACAGCAUCAACAUUUUACUGGAUGUAUUUAGACUGUGCCAAAAUGUGUUUAGAUGCCAAUGGUAACAUAAUAUGAUAAUAUUUACUAAAUAAGACGUCAAGUGUAGCUAAGUGUUUCUCAUAGUUCAUGCAGUAUAGCGAUAAUCUCUGGUAACACCUGUUUAAAUGUUUGCUUAACCUUAACCACACUCCCUGUAUAGAUAAUUGGAUACUUAGACUAUGACUUUAAAACAUUAUGACCUAAUAUUUCAGAUAAGUCUGAUUUUAAGGCCUCUACUAUCACUAAACUGUGCAAUUAUUGUCUGAACUGCCUUCAAACGUAUCUGUUUUGUUGUUUGCUUUUUAGAUGUUUCUGUUAGGAAGAAGUUGAUGCUGUAAAUAUGUUCAUAUGUAGCUCUAUGUUUGAAUCCAAAGCUCUUUUUCACAACUCAUUGUUUCAGUGUUUGAUGUUCUUUAGCUCAUUAAUUUUGUAUCGAAUUAACGAUUAAGUCUUUCCAGACAGCCAAUGAACAUUGAGGAAAAUGGAUAACCAUUUCUCUUCAACCAAGGAGCAAACUGACAAAGGAUUUUGGUUUGCCUGUUGCAGAGAUAGCACUAGUCUGUGUUGUUUAACAUCUAAAUACAGCAAGAGUAUGUUUUUAUUUUUUCUAUAAAGUAAUCUGGUAAAAGGCUUUUGAAAAUACGUUGGACCAGGUUUGUUAGAUUUUGGUACGGAAUGCUUGCAAAGGGGACAAAAGGCGAUGCCAAUCGUUGCUGGGUUUUUAGGAAAUAGAAACAUGCAGUGCUUUAAUGUUUGAUAAGGGUUUUAGGGGAAAUUUUGAUGCGGUGUUGACUUAAAGCAGCUUCUAUUACUGUUUCAUCUAGAACUUUUUGCCUUAAGACAUUAUUCAGCUGCUACUUAUGGUUGGUUAUCACCUGAUUUCUCAAUUUAAUGCAUUUUAAUUUCCACUGACAAUCACUGGCCUUUGUCACACAGCAGAAAUGCACAAAAUGCCACAGUUCCUGCUCCAGUUUGUUCAAAUAAACUGCAACAUUCAAUAUAUUUUAUAAGAUUCAGUGUGAGAACAGAAUAAAGUACAGUAGAGCAUUUGUUUGA